AUGGCAGUGAAAGCUGAAAUUGUAUCCAAAGACACAAUAAAGCCUUCUUCUCCAACCCCUGAUCACCUUAGAGACUUCAAAAUCUCUCUCCUUGAUCAAUUGGCCCCUCCAUCAUUCUACAUCCCCAUUCUCCUCUUUUAUUCUGCAUCUGAUAUCAAUGCUUUUGACUCUGAUUUCGAAACCAUAUCUCAUAAGCUAAAGGCUUCUUUAUCCCAUGUCCUCACUCUCUAUUACCAGUUUUGUGGAAGACUCAAAGGUAAUUCAAUUAUUGAGUGCAAUAAUGAGGGUGUUCUAUUCAUUGAGUCUAGAGUUCCCAUUGAACUCUCAAACAUUUUCGAAGCCCCUCAACUUCAUGAUAUCACUGAACUUUUCCCAUUUGAUCCUUACAACCCUGGAACAGAACAUAAGGAAAACAUGGCUGUUCAAUUGAACCAAUUCACGUGUGGGGGUAUAGCAGUUGGCGCGUGCUUCUCACACAAGGUUGCUGAUGGUUCCACAGCAGCGUUAUUCCUUAAUGCUUGGGCUUCAACGUCAAACGGAAAAGGCAAUAACGUGGUGGCACCACCUCAAAUGGCGGAAGCAACCCUGCUUUUCCCACCAAGGAAUAUAGAGGUGGACAUGAUGACACGUGGGAUGGUUGGUCACAAAAACAUCGUCACAAAGAGGUUCAUGUUUAAUGAGACCAACAUAUCUAGACUCAGACAAAAACUCGGGUGCUGCAAUUUCAAUCCCACGCGUGUUGAAGCCGUGACAGCGCUCGUGUGGAAAUCAUCAUUGGCAGCAGCGAAAGCAACUUCAGGGGAACAAAGAUUUCCAGCAUCUAUGAUGUCCCACGCGGUUAACAUUCGUAGUAGAAUGGCCUCAAUGUUGUCGAAGCAUUCAAUCGGAAAUCUUUGGCAACAAGCGGUGUCUCCAUUGGUGGAAGUGAAAGGAGAAGUGGGGUUGCACGAUUUGGUAGAGAUAGUCAGAAACACGAUAAGAAAAAUUGAUGGGGAUUAUAUAAGUAAACUUCAGAGUGUUGAGUUUGUUAAGGUAAUUGAGUCUUUAAAGGAAGCAAGAACAAUGGCCUCAAAAAAGGGUAUUCCAUGUUAUAGUUUUAGCAGUUGGAUAAGAUUUGGUUUCUACGAAUUAGAUUUUGGAUGGGGAAAGCCAAGUUACGUUCGCACUAUCGGUGUACCUAUAAAAAAUGUGGUAAUUUUGAUGUCCACAAAGGAUGGAAAUGGCAUAGAGGCAUGGGUAACCUUGGCUACACAUGACAUGGUCGAAUUUGAACGCAAUCCAGAACUUCUCGACUUUGCAUCCUUUGAUCCUAUCUAG